AUGAAAGCCAUUAAUACUGGGAAAGUCUUCAGUAACCAAAGAAGCCCCAAGUAUGAUGAGUGCAUCAGCCUCCCUCUGAAACUUGCUAGAGCAGACAAUCUUGGAAUGACUCCAAGCCUCCCGCCCUGGUUCAGUAAGUCAGCUACCCUGGAGAUAGUUGUUACUCUUAAUGACCUUUAUAUAUUUCUUAUUUUAUGUUCAUGCUUGGUUAUCUUUUUUCUUAAGGCUACUGAAGACUCACAAAACCACACUGGUGAGCCUGGUGGAGAUGACUACAAAAAGAUGGGAACGCUUUUUGGUGAACUGAACAAAAACCUCCUCAAUAUGGGCUUCACAAGGAUGUACUUUGGAGAACGAAUUGUGGAACCUGUAAUAGUCAUCUUCUUUUGGCUUAUGCUGUGGUUCCUUGGCCUGCAAGCCCUUGGACUGGUUGCUGUUCUUUGCCUUGUCAUCAUUUAUGUGCAACAGUAAUGAAUGAGUUGCUUGGACAUUUGGAAGCCAUGUAUGUAAUUGAUGGAGUUAUACAUUUUGGCUUUUUGAAAGCCAAAAUAUUUAAUUUGUUUUUUUGAUUGUGUGUUGACUGUUUUGUAACUAAAUUUAUAAGUGGAUGUCAUUUAAAAUUGAACCAAAUUCUUUGUUAUAACAAGGUUCAAUAUAUAUUUUGAAUAUAUAUUUUAUUCAAAACACUUAUUUCACUACUGUGAUUUAUAUUUCACUUUAGACACCUAUAUCCCCACUCCAAAUCUUAAAUAACAUCACCAACCAAUGAGCAGGGAAAAUAAGUUGGAGUUCACAUCAAGCAGUAUAGUUCUUAUAGAGUUUUAAUAAAACAUUUUGGGAAAAAAGGAAAUGAGCUAAAAAUAAGUUUUAGUUGGAAAACUGUUCUACCCUCAUCUCCAUCAAAUAAUUCCACAUUAUGUGGGAAAUACUUGUCUGUUGUCCCUUGCUCAGCCUGAACCAAGGUAAUUUAAAUUAUAAUUACUACAUACUACCUUAAUAUUGUGGUAAGAAUGAAUAAAGCUAGCAUAUUACUAGAGAUUGAAAGGAACAUAUUUAUUGCUGGGACGUUCUCAGGUUAAAUACAACUUUUCUGUAAUGUAACAUUCAGGCCUGAGAUUUCUUCAGUAUAUUAUUGACUUAGACAAUUUUGGUGCUAAUUACUUUUUUGUGGAUUUUUUAAAAUAUCAUAAGCCAAGUCCAUAUUUGGCUUCAUCCUAAUGUAAUACCUAUCUUCUUGUAUCUAACCACUUGCAGAUUUCAGUGUAUUUUUUUCAAAAAAUAUAAUUUUAUAGUUCUUUUGCAGUUAUCUUAAGAGUUACAACACUGUAUUUCCUAUCUUGGCAUGGAUUCCCCCCAAAAAAUUUUAUAUUUUAUUGUAAUUAUUUAAAAAUCUGAUCAUCUUUUUGAUAACAUAGAAAGUACAGUAUUAUAGUAUAAAAUCAGAUGCUAAAAUUUAGAACUUAAAACCAAUUUUAAUAUUCUGAGAUUAAAGCCAAGUCAUUAAUUGGCUAGCCAUGUUAUUAAUGUUUCUUAACUCAGUUCUGUGGGGUUGUAUAUUGAAAAGCAUUUCUUUAAAUACACUUUGAAAACAGAAGUUGGCUUUAGUGACACUUUUUUAGAGGACCUUCAGUCUUUCCACUUUCAUCUCAAAGAUUAUUUGAAUAAAGAAGUAGAUAAUCAUCUAGGAAUUCAAAUUAAAAGCAAUGAAAAUAGACAAUGGGCAUUUUCCUUUGGUAGGGUGCUGCUAACUGAAGCAUGUUUACUCUUAUGUUUUGUAAAGUUUUACCCAAUCCAAUUUCACAAUUUUAUUCUGUGAGUUCUCAGUAUCUUUCAUCCUGAAACAGAAAAUAAUGAAAAACAUUUAACUUUAAUUUCUAAAAUCAGAUAAUCCUAAACAAAAAUACUAGUUGGGGGCACAAAAAAGUAUACUUUAGUAUACAUUGGUAUAAGUGUGGGCCUUUUAAAAUUUGGGUUUUGGAAACAAAAACUUUGUAUUAUAUCAUUGUGUUUUUAAUUGGGCUUGAGAGUUUUUACAGUAACUUUUAUGAGCUUAAUGUAGGUACAAGUUGUGUGAAAAUUUUGCUUUGUAUACCAUAGAAUUGCAAAGUUUUCAGAAGAAGAGAUUUUGUAUAUCUGCAUAGAACAUUAAUAAGCAUAUUCUUGUCUAUUACUAUCAGAAAUUUAAUUUCUCUUUAAAAUGCAAAAGAUAGUAUAUAUUGUAAGGAGUGUGGUUCUAACAGUUGAAAAUAAUUGAAAUACAUUGAAAAUGCAUUGAAAAUACAUGAAAAAUAAGUCCUAAUAUUGAAAGUACAUUAAAAUACCUUGAAAAUCAAAUACAUUGAAUUGAAAAUUCACUGUUGAAAAUAAAUUAAAUUGAAAAUACAUUUUGAAAAGUCCUAAUAUAGUCCUGGUUUAGUAUAUUGUCAAUACUAUCCAUUUCCAUGUUGGUAUUAAUAAGGUAUGCAUUAAAUUAUAUAAAGAAAUA